UGAUAGUAUAUAUUUUGAUCUGGUGUGCACAGCCGCCAUACUUUACCACUUUAUUUAUUUUGUUGUCAAUAAUCACAAAUAUAUAAAAUUUAUUUUUAUAUAAAUUAAUUCGUGAAAAUGUCAUCUCGCACUGGAGCUAGGCUUGAUACUAAAAAAAUUAAUUCAGAAUUAUUUACCUUAACAUACGGAGCGUUGGUCGCCCAACUGCUAAAAGACUACGAAAAUGUAGAAGACGUGAACAAGCAGCUAGAAAGAAUGGGAUACAACAUGGGCGUGAGAUUGAUCGAGGACUUCCUAGCUAGAACCGGCUCCGGAAGGUGCUACGACUUCCGCGACACCGCUGAGAAAAUCCAGUCCGGAUUCAAGCUCUUCCUGGGCAUCACCCCGACAAUCACCAACUGGAGCGCCACCGGGGACGAGUUUUCCCUCUGCUUCGAGUCCAAUCCUCUGACGGAGUUCGUCGAGCUGCCUGACAACUGUCUUCAUCUCAAGUACUGCAAUAUUCUAACUGGAGUCCUGCGCGGAGCUUGUGAGAUGGUCCAGAUGGAAAUCGCAUCCUGGUUCGUUCAAGAUCAGCUCAAGAACGACAAUAUCACCGAGCUUAGGGUUAAAUUUAUCAAGAGAUUAGAAGAUGCCAUUCCUGCUGGAGAAGAUUAAUUAUUUUUUUUUUAUUACACUGAAAUUUAAAAGCAUUUUAGUAAUUUUU